ACAAUUUCCUUUCUGUAACACACGCUACAAGAUCACACCGGGAAAACGGAGAGAGGAAAGAAAAUUAUAGGCGAGAGAGAGAGAGAGGAGGGAAGGAAACACCGCAGCCCCUCCGUCCGUUUGCUUGUUGUUUUUUUAAAGGGGGGCCAGAAAUCGUGUUUUGUUUUAACGCAGACUUGCGGACUAACAUGGGGGGAAGAGAGAGCUCCUGACGCGGAUUGACUUUCAGUGAACCUCUGCUCUGUGGCUAAUAGACAGGGAGGAAAAAAGGCGACAGGGAAGACAUGUUGAGGGGCUUUUCGUCUUGAGGUUGCGGUAGGAUGUUGAUGUUGUGCUCUUAAAACAAGACAGACGGCUCCUCGCAGAGAGAACAAAACGAGGGCAAAUGGGAAUUGGGCGGUAGGUUAUGCUCAGGAGCCAUUGUUGUGAUCGGUGUUUAUUUAAUUGGUUUGUUAUGAUCUGAAAUAACGUAGGCCUCUUAGGCAGCCCCGCAGUAAAUAAAUACACGGUCAGCAAACAGGGGCUACAUAGCUGGAAAUUAACCCGACAAACCUGCGUGUGUUUCAGGGGACAUUUUGGUGAAUUGAGCUGCUGUGUUUUGUAAGGUAAAGGGAGCGUUUAUGAGCUAUUUGUUUUUUCAACAACCGCGGUGGUUAGGUUACAUUUCUUAAGCCAGGGAGCCAAAACAUUUCCAGAUACAUCAACUCUUCAGGGGGGCUCAUACAAAGGCCCAGUACCAAACACAGUGAAGGCUUCUUUGCAGCUUUGAAAGGGGGGAAUCGUCCACAGGCUGGCUUUAAGCACAAAGGUGCACAGGAGCUGGUAGUCUAUUUCCACCCCAGUUUAGCUCAAGACAGGGAACAAAAGAAGAUUUUUAAAUGUUAAUGUCGACCGACGUUGCAUCCAUCAUGCUGCCUGUGUCCCGGGGUCUCAUGGACCGGGAUAGAGAGCUGGACACCAUGGCCGGGGUGCAUCCCAACGCCGGCGGCGCUCCUGCGGCUGUCCGGGGCAUGAAGCGCGGAGACCCGGAGCCCGACGGACAGACAGCGGCCACUCUGGUGGACUCCACCGGGGCUGAGUGCAAGCGUCCCCGGAUCGACGGCUCAGGAGGGAUCGGCGAGGUUGGGCAGAACAACGACCCUUUGACCCUUGGUUACCAUGGCUACCCAUCUCAUAGCCAGGGCUCUCAGGAUAGUGCUGGUGGUCAGGAGGGACUUGUACCUCCACCUUUCUCUGCAUUCCCUCCACCUCCACCGCCGCCCCCCCAGAACGGCCUGGCCCUGGAUUACGGGGGCAGCCUGUACGCAGCAGGGGCCGUUCAAGGCCCCGUGGAAGCCGGUGGAGCAGCGAACAGUGCCGCCAACGCUGCCAACAGCCUCAGUGUCCAACAGUCAGAUGGGUCCUCCCAGAUUGACGGUCAGUCAGUUGUUGGCUCGGGGGGAGUAGGUGGCGGCGGGACUGUUGGAGAUGAUUCAGACACCAAGGGGACCCCCAAACGCCUCCACGUGUCCAACAUCCCUUUCCGCUUCCGAGACCCGGACCUACGGCAGAUGUUUGGGCAAUUUGGCAAAAUCCUCGACGUAGAGAUCAUUUUCAACGAGAGGGGAUCCAAGGGUUUCGGCUUUGUAACAUUCGAGACGAGUGCAGAUGCAGAGAGAGCCAGAGAGAAGCUUCACGGUACGCUGGUGGAAGGACGUAAAAUCGAGGUGAAUAAUGCCACAGCCAGAGUGAUGACGAACAAGAAGAUGACCACCCCUUAUUCAAACGGAGAGGGCCUCGCGACGCUGCCAUAUGCUGGAUGGAAGUUGAGUCCCAUGGUUGGAGCCAUGUACAGCCCUGAACUCUACACAGUACCAGGGUUUCCAUACCCAGCAGCAGCAGCAGCUGCCUCCACUGCUGCGACCUUUCGAGGCGCUCAUCUCCGGGGUCGUGCCCGGCCCGUCUACAGCGCAGUCAGGGCAGCUGUGCCACAACCUGCAAUCCCUACCUACCCGGGUGUGAUGGCCUAUCAGGAUGGCUUUUACGGUGCAGCUGAUCUCUAUGGCGGCUACGCAGCGUAUCGUUACGCACAGCCGGCUGCGGUAGCAACCCCUGCAGCAGCGGCAGCUGCAGCAGCAGCUUACAGUGACAGCUAUGGACGAGUUUACACGGCAGACCCCUACCAUGCUGCGCUCGCUCCAGCUGCCUACGGUGUUGGAGCCAUGGCCACACUGUACAGGGGAGGCUACAGUAGAUUUGCCCCUUACUAAAGACACUACAUUUCCCAGGAGCUCCUCUCUUCCAUUGAAUUACUCUGAAAGAGCUCCCUCUGUUGUCGUGGAGGUGGACUGCACCCAGUUUUUAAGUGUGGAGUCGACCACAACAAAGAUAAUUCAGAUCCCACCCCAGAGCAGUCCCACGUUUUCUUAUAUACGCUACUACAGAAAUAGAGGAAUGCUGUAUUAAAGACUGACGGAUGGCCUUUACAUUAAAAAAAAAAAAGAAAGAAAAAGAAGAAAAAAAAAAUAGAGACUUUAAAUGGCCACCUUCCCUAUUGCACGGCUGUAUUUUAGUCCCCCCCCCCCCCCCCCCCCCCCCCCCCCCCCCUCCCCGUGCUC